CGCGCCGUGGCCCCUUCUUUUCCGGCCCGAGGUGCACGCGAGCCGCGUCCAUGGAUCGCGCAGCCGUGGCUCGGGUGGGCGCUGUGGCGAGCGCUAGUGUGUGCGCCCUGGUGGCGGGGGUGGUGCUGGCCCAAUACAUACUCACCUUGAAGAGGAAGACGGGCCGCAAGACCAAGAUCAUCGAGAUGAUGCCAGAAUUCCAGAAAAGUUGUGUUCGCAUCAAGAAUCCUACAAGAGUAGAAGAAAUUAUCUGUGGUCUUAUUAAAGGAGGAGCUACCAAGCUUCAGAUAAUAACAGACUUUGAUAUGACACUAAGUAGGUUUUCCUACAAUGGGAAAAGAUGUCCAACAUGUCAUAAUAUCAUUGACAACUGUAAGCUUGUUACAGAUGAAUGUCGAAAAAAGUUGCUGCAGCUAAAGGAGCAGUAUUAUGCUAUUGAAGUUGACCCUGACCUCACUGUGGAAGAGAAGUACCCCUAUAUGGUAGAAUGGUAUACUAAAUCGCAUGGUUUGCUUAUUGAGCAAGCCAUACCAAAAGCUAAACUUAGAGAGAUUGUGGAAGAAUCUGAUGUCAUGCUCAACUGGCUUGUCCCUCCAUCUUACAGGGAAGGGUAUGAGGAUUUUUUUGAUAAGCUUCAGCAGCACAGUAUCCCUGUGUUCAUAUUUUCGGCUGGUAUUGGUGAUGUGCUAGAAGAAGUUAUCCGUCAAGCUGGAGUUUAUCAUUCAAAUGUUAAAGUAGUCUCCAACUUCAUGGAUUUUGAUGAAAAUGGGGUGCUCAAAGGAUUUAAAGGAGAACUAAUUCAUGUAUUUAACAAACAUGAUGGGGCCUUGAAGAAUACAGACUAUUUUAGCCAACUAAAAGAUAAUAGCAACAUAAUUCUACUUGGAGACUCCCAAGGAGACUUACAAAUGGCAGAUGGUGUAGCCAACGUGGAACACAUUCUGAAAAUUGGAUAUCUAAAUGACAGAGUAGAUGAGCUUUUAGAAAAAUACAUGGACUCUUACGAUAUUGUUUUAGUGAAAGAGGAAUCACUGGAAGUGGCCAAUUCUAUUUUACAGAAGAUUCUAUAAACAAACUUUUAUCAAGAGUUCUUCCAUUGGUGCAGCUGAUACAAGACCUGCUCAUCUGUCCAUGCUGCUGAAAGACAUAUUUAUAAUAUAUUCUUGUCUUGUUUUCUCUUCACAUAACUGAAGUAUUUUCAGACAAUGUUGAAUCCUUGUUCCCCUUCUGUCACUAUACUCAUGUCCAUAAUUUUAAUUUACUUUAAAAAUUGUCAUAAAGCCAAAAUUGAAAAAAUAACUCCUUACCUUUCCAAAGUAAAUUUUAUAGUUUGUUGUUAUCAUGUAUUUUUUGAGACGUGUUUAUAUUCCAGGAAACUUUGUAGAAGUUUUAAAAGUUCUAUGAAAUGGUGAAAUAAUGUGCAUAAUUUGAAGCACUGCAAUUUUUGGAAUUGGGGUGGAAUAGGAUGAUGACAUCACCAUCUCCUGGAAUUGUUUGAUUUGGUUGUUCUUUAGGGAAAAAAUCAGAGCAUUAUGUUCUAGAACAAACUUCACUUAGGAUUUGAAAAAUUAUUGGUAUCCAUAUCCCUAAUAUUAUAAAACAUUUUACAGCAAAGGACUGACAAUAAACAUGGAGUGGAAAAUCUUUUUAAUUCUGCUAUCAUAACUGUAUGUAGCUGAGUGUGGCAGCACAUGUCUGUAAUACCAGCACAAGGUAGGUGGAGGCAAGAUCAAGAAUCCAAGGCUAGCCCUGACUAAAAGCAAGUUCAAGGCUUGCUUGGGCUAUUAGAGAGCCUGUCUCAAAAAAAUAAAAUAGAUUUAUUUAGCAACUA